AUGUCGUCCGAUACUUUACGAUUGGACGGAUGGAACUAUGCAUUGUUCUUUAUUGAGACUAUUCUGAAUGCUGCCUUUGUUCCUGUUUUCUUUGUAUUCGCCUAUAUUUGUGCUACUCAAAAAAAUCUCCACGUGAAUUUCAGGUCAAUUUUAUUCUUCACAGGAGUCGGUUGUUUAGUUGGAGCCGUUCAUCGUCUGAUUCUUGUUGUUGCUCGAGCGCUGAUAAUUAUACUACGGAUCAACACUUUGACCUAUCGAAAACGACACGAGUCGAUGAUGCAAUUGGCUGAUAGAUAUCAUUUUGAUGAGAAUAUUCGAGCUGGAAAAUAUUAUAUACCUGUUGCUUUGAACGACUUCAUUUGCAAGGUGAUUUUUGUAGGACUCUUGGCAUAUUCGAUAUUUUUCACUGAUAUUCCACUUGGCCACGAUACGACCCAUCUAAGUCAUGCAUAUGAUGUGAUGUUCGCGUACCAACGAAUGUUCUUCGGGCUGGCAUUGACAUUACGAAGCGAAAAAUUCGAUAAUCUGAUGAGACGAAAGAAGAGAGCCGUUCGAGUGAUUGACAGUCAAGCAGCAACUAAUCAUUUUGACGGACUUAGAAAACUUUGGUCAUAA